ACAGAGGUAGGAGGUAGAUACGCAAGUCUCUGCCGAACUUCUGGCAAAAAAGGUACGAAAUAAGGUCAUUACAUCAUUCGUCAUUGUAAACAAGAGGUGAGACUCACUGGGCAGCUGCAUUUCUAACAAGAGUGUGGCUUGGAGGUACAGCAGUAGAGUGUGGAAUGAGUGCGAGUGUGGCUACGUGAGACAGGAUAAGGUUGUGAUGGCGGGGAUCAGCUGUUACCACCCCAGUAGCAGCAUUAUACCACCCAGCACCCACACCGAUGUCCAUAGCAAAGCUGGAUCUUUCAGUGGCCCUCAAGCUGGCCUUUGUGGAGGACUCACUCGCCAAAGUGGAGCAGUACAGGCACCAGUUGCAGAAAAAUGCUCGAAAGGUCAAGGAGGAGAUUCAUGAGGUGGUGGAUCGCCAGGUUGGAUCACUGCGUAUGAGGGAGAGGCAGCUGGUUAGGCAGGUGGAGGUUGUUACUGCCCAUGAGACUUGUCGCCUUGGCACCCAACAGGCCCGUUUGAUGCACAGCAAAGGUGCCCUGACAGCUACUUCAGAUUUGCUGGACCAUUGUGCCGAUUCAGAAUCAAACACUCUCGCUAAAAUUAAAGUGGAUGAGAUGUUCUCUCCACAAGAAGUCCAACCUGCAAAGCAGGUUUCAGUCCAGCUGGAUGAAACUGACCUUACUUCAGCAAUAUCUCAAUUUGGUUCUGUUCAGCUGCCUGACUCCAUCACCCACCAUCCUUCUCCUGUCAUUCCAGUGAAGGUUGAGGAGUAUGAGGAUGAAGAGCAUGAUGUGCUGCACAAGAGUGUCGCCUGUGCUGCCUCAGAGCCCAGUGCUCCCAUGCACAUCAAGGUCCAAUUCCCACGUCUUGCCAACCACAGCUGGCUCUUCAAGCAGAAUGGGAGUUCUUCCUCUGCCUUCAAACCUCCCAAGACAAUAGUGACUCAAGAAACCAAGUCUAGUGAUGUUGUUGCCUGGCUUGGAGAUUUAAAGCUAUCUACAGCACUCCCUGAGGAAGAUUCUAGUGUCAAUCAGUGUGAUGAUGGUUUUGACCUGGUGGGAACACCAACAACAUCUGAAGGUUCCAGCAUUGAAAUUGUUCAUUUUCUAGAUAAGGAAUGUUCAUCACCUGGUUCAGCACUGUGUGAGAUCGAGAAUGCUCAUGAUCUAAUUAAUGAUAAGUCACGUUGGCUGAGCAGCAGGACACCAGAGCAACCAAAUGAAGAAAAACUGGAUGUCUCCUCUGCCUGCAUGGCUAAUGAGACAUGUCAGUCAUUCAAGGACUGUCUCUGUCAAAAUAAAUGCCGUGAGAAUGCACUGGAAAAACUGCAGCAGACUGCUGAUUUCAAGGCCAAGACAAGCCGCAAAAGGACUUUUUCUGAGGCUGAGGGCAUCCAAGCUGUCCUCACCCACAUGGUUAAAAUAUUAUCCUCUGAAAAUUCUCAGUGGCUGUUGAAGAAACAUGGAGGAGAAUUACCAAGGCCACCAAAAUGUGUCAUGUACAACUCCCCUGGAGACACUUGGUUGCGUCAGUGUUCCGACUCCCCCACCAAGACCUUUCCUCGAGCUCACUUGUCUUCUCACUGCAACACCUGGCUGCUGAAACAUCUCAAGAAUCAGAAGAAUGCUCAGGAAAAAGAUGAAAAGGAAAAGGAAAAGUACACCGAUGAGAAAGACAACAGGAUCACCUCAGAAGCCUUAUCAGAAGCAUUAAAGAGAGUCUGUAUUGAUCCAGCUAAAAGAAAAUGUCUUGGUGAUGAAAGCAACCUCUACUCCUGUUCAGCCUCCCUCACCUUCAGUGACCAGCCAUGGUUGUUGGCAAGGAAGUGUGAUACAAAUAAACUGACUUCCAAGGAUCAGUGGCAAGAAAAGGACAAGACUUGUAAGCCCCAAUGGCUCUCUUCAUCUAGAGACUUGAGUCCAGGAAAGGAGGCUAGCAUCAUAGGACUUCCCAUUAGUUUGCAAGGGUUUGUAUCACCAUUAGAUAGUGAAGCAAAUUCUUGGCUACUUCAUUGAUACUAUAAAUCCGUUAAACCCACACCAUUAGAUAGUGAAGCAAAUUCUUGGCUACUUCAUUGAUACUAUAAAUCCUUUAAACCCAAUACUAUUUCCCGCAUUUAUAUUCUUCUCUCACCUUUUUUUUUUUCACACAAACUUUUCUAAAAUUGGUGAGAGCGCCUUCCCUCUCCACAGAAUUUGGUGCAAACAUUCUGCACCAAUGAAUUAUUGAUCCAUAAGAGGAUCAUGAAACUCCCUUAAUUUCAAAUGUAAAACUUAUUUUUUCUCUCUUGGUAUUUCUUUUUGUGUUGCUGUGCCUAUAUGGUAUUGCAAGACAAGUCAAGAUUGAUAAUGUAUGUUAUAUAUAUAUCAUACUAUUACCAUUUUCUCACACAUAUAUUGCUUAGUUUUUAAUGUUAUAUUUGCUAAAAUAAGAAUAUUAGUGACCAUAAAUUCAUACAAUAAAACUUUUUGGUUGAAUGUCUACACUUAAAUUUUGUAUAUUGUCAGACUAAAUGUUAAGACAAAUUUUAGGAGAGCAUUUUAAUAGUUAUUUUGUAAAACAAGCACCAAAGGUCCACUUUUGCUGUCGUAUUAUGAGGAAGUUCUUUAGUAUUUUGUUACGGGUUGACUUGUAUUCACUAGUCUUUUUUUUCUUGACAUUAGGAUAAAAUUAUCUUGAUAAACAAGAUUUCAUUGAUAUUGCAAUCUCUCUCUCUCUCUCUCUCUCUCUCUCUCUCUCUCUCUCUCUCUCUCUCUCUCUCUCUUGCUUCUUUCUUUAUUGUUUUGUCUUUGUAAUACAGAGAAUUCUCACAUCACCAAGAAAAGCAGCUAGACAUUUAGGCAAUGGCACAACUACCACAUGGAAUUGGCAAGGAGUAAGAAAUCCCUCUGUCCAUGGCUGUGCCAAGAAUGAGGAGAGUGGAAUAGAAUAGGUAAUUACAGUAUUUUACUACACAAGAGUGCUUUAAGUCUAACAAAUGAAAGUGGAGACUAGAAUAUUAAUGGCUGUACUGAAUCAUUGUAUGUGCAGAAAUACUUUGAUGUUGAUGCUUGCUACUUCAGUCUGCAAUGUACUUGUGCAGCUUUUAUGGAGUGUCUAAUUGGAGAGUUUAGGUAUGUAGCAUAUGAUAAGUUUAUGGUGAUGUGAGAUUCUCGGUACACCUGCUUACUCUGAUAUGUCGUGGUGAGUUUUGUGUUUAUAUAAUAUGGAUUUAAACUUCUUUUGUUUUUAAAAUUUACUAGUUAUAUAUAUAUAUAUAUAUAUAUAUAUAUAUAUAUAUAUAUAUAUAUAUAUAUAUAUAUAUAUAUAUAUAUAUAUACUCAGAUUUAUCUCCUUUCUAUUUUCAUCCUGCAAUACAUACUUCAUAAAUUAACAAAGAAUUCUGAAAUAGGCAUAAUUAGAUGUCACUUGGUUGAGAAGAUAACUUUGCAACCUGAUGAAAAUAUUGGCCAUUGCAUAGCUUAUGUUACCAUUUGGCAAAUAUGUAUCUACACUAGUCUGCAUUACAAGAUGUGAUAAACAGCCAACUUACAAUAUCUUUCUGCCAUCCCAGUUACCACACUAGAGGAAUUAGUCUUGAUAAGGUAUAAAACACACACACACACACCAUAGCUUAAAGAAAAGUUGGACAAAUGUAGAUAUGGAGACAGGGCCACAUGAGCAUAAUGCCAAGGCUCUGUAAAACUAGAACUAGGUAAAUGGGCCAGAACAAGAAGUUUACCCUUGUUAUAUGAUACUGUUACAGUUAACAGUAUCAAGUAAAGGAUGAACCAACCAAAGUAUGUCUAAUAGUGUGCAAAAUUCAAUGUCACAUAUUUCACAUAUCUACAUAAUGCAUGCAAGGUUAUUUGAGAGGCGUUUGUUUCCCAUAAUUUUUUUUUUUUUUCUUCCUGUGUAUAAAUGAUGAGAAUAGCAGAGUUUAGUUUGGCUAUUAUGUUAUUUUGUAGGUCACCAUCUGCUGACUUAAGAGAUCAUCUUGUUUGUUGAUGUAUUAUCACAGCUCAAGACUGACAGGAAAAAAUGGACUCAAGUCACACAUACAGGCACAUCAUACAUACUUAAAACCAUAUUACAUAACCUCAUGAAGAUCUUGACAUCUUGAGGAGAGCUGAUGUCUCGGAUCUCAUUCCAAUUUUUCUCUCGUUUCCGAAAUCAACUUUCUUUCAUUUUUAGCCCUGAUUAUUUUAAUUUGGUGAGCCAAAAGAGGUAUGAGGCAAGUUAAGCACAAACUACCAAAUCACCUCAUACUUCAUGACACUGAAUAAUGAAAUCAAGAUGUAAGUGUCAAGGCCUGCCAUAAGUUCAUGUAAUGCAAGUGGUGUAUCUGCAUGAGUGUAUGCAAUAGUCACUGAGAUUAUGAAUUAUAAUAAACAUAUAUUUACAUAAA